AUGGAUAAAAUCAGCUAAAAUCCUGUAGGAUAUUAAGAAGCUAAAUAUAAGCUUGCUUUGCAUCUUCAAAACAGGAAAAAAAUCAAAGAGAUGUACAGAAUGAAAGGUAUCUAAAUGCUCGAUAAGGCUGAGUUAGUCAUUUCUGAUAUCUAAGAAACUAAGUUAAAAAAGCCUUUUUUUGCUUACAUUUAUUAGACAAUGAAAAAUGAAUUAACUGAUAAAGGCUACUCUGAUUUUAGAUUUUUAGGACAUGGAGAUUAUGGAUUAGUUCUGUUAGCAAAAGAUUCGAAAACUAACAUGAGGUAUGCCAUCAAAGGUGUUUAAGUUAGGGAUCUUGAUGGAAACCUUGAAGAAGAUCUUAACAAUCAAGUGAAAAAAGAAGUAGAAAUACUCAAAAAAUGUAGAGAAUCUCCUUAUGUAGUCAGUCUUAUUGAUUAAUUUGAAGGAUAACAAUUUAGUUACUUAGUUCUAACUGAGUGUUAAGGAACUCUCAGCUAAAUUUUAGAAAGGAACUAAAACAAAAGACUGAAUGAAAUAUCAGCAAUCAAAUACGCUAAUGAUAUAGCUCAAGGCCUCUACUACAUUCACUAAAAGAACUACCUUGUUAAUGAUCUGAAAAUGGAUAAUAUCUUAAUUGACUACCAUGGAAAUGCAGUUGUUUCUGAUUUUGGUUUGGCAGAUAACCUAACAAGCAAAUCUGGCUAUACUAUCAAUCAAUAUAUGGGAAACUUCUUGUAUCAAGCACCAGAGUGUUAUGAUCCAGCUGAACCAUACAUAGGUAAGAUUUAUCAUGACGAAUAUUUAAAAUUAGGUGUCUGUGUGAAACAAGAGCCAAGCAACAGAAGUGAAGCAUGUUCUUUAGGAUAUCUAAUAUAUACGUUCGUCUAAGGAAUAAAUUAUAAUUUAGUAUCAAAUAAGCACAAAGAAUUAAUAUAUGAUGAUGAAUUUUAAAAUUUUGUUUAUCACAAAUAGCUUAAAUAUAUUAUUGAAGGAUUAACUAAUUUUGUUCCAAAGAAUAGAAUGCCUAUUAAGGAGGCUUUAAUUAUUUUAAAGGGAAUUAUUUCUUUUGAAUUUUAGUUAGAUGAGAUGCUUAUUGAGAUGAUUGAUGGAAACACCCAGCAGUUCACAAAUUCACUCACAAAUUAAAUUGAGUUUGUUAGAGAUUUUCCAAAUAAGUUUUACCCAAUCAUGUAUAUUUAUUUGUUUAUUCUAAUUUACCUCUUUUGUUAAAUAUUUUAAAGUAAAAACGAACAGACCUUAAACUAAAAGUUAAAUGAAGACCAUCAAAAAAUAUAAUAUGUGAAUUAAUUAACAUAUUUCAUUCAAAAUAUCCUCAAAUAUUCAAAAUAAUUUGUAAAAAAGGAGGCAGAAAUAGAAGAAUUAUAGAAAAAAAAUCUCUAACUAAAAUAAAAAAUUAAUGAAUAAGAAAAAAAAAUAAAAGAUUUAUUCAUCCAAUUAUAAUAAUCUUAAAAUCAGUUAAUAAAUAAACCUUAGAAUAUGAUGAUGCCAAUGAAGGAUGAGUAACAUGUUAUUUUUGAAGAAGUUAAAAAAUAGGAAAACAAAGAUGAAUUGCCAAAAGAAGAAAACUAAAUGUAAAUUCAAAAAAUAAAUUCUUAAAAGAAACUAACAAAACUAUUAUGA